AUGAAGGUUUAUAAAUGCGUUUUUACAGGGGAUGAGGUUAUAUCUGAUUCUUAUAAGCAAUUAGCUCCUUUUGGUAGAGAUGAAUUUAUGGAUAUUGCAUUUGAAGUUGAAAGUAAACGGAUUCUAAAGGGCUCUGAAGAUUAUGGAAUUUCACAUAAUACAGAAGAUGGUGAAGUAGAAAUUGGUACUACUGAUGCAGAAACAGUUAAUGAUAUUAUUGAUGCUUUUAAAUUAGAAUCUACACCAUUUUCAAAAAAAGAAUACAUGUUAUACAUUAAAGGUUAUGUUUCUCGUCUAAAGGGAUAUCUUGAACAAAAUAAUCCUGACAGAGUUGAGAAAUUUAUGCAAAAUACUCAAGCUUUUGUUAAGGUAUUAUUAGAACGUUUUAAUGAUUUAGAAUUUUAUCUUGGCCCAUCUCUUGAUUGUGAAGGUAUUAUUAUUUAUGGUUACUAUAAUGAUGGUGACUUAGCUCCCAGAUUUAUUUAUUUUAGAGAUUCAUUAAAAGAAGAAAGAUAUUGA